ACGACCUCCUUGGCAUCACAAGUGUGCAAUAUAGAUACUGUGGACUAAUUCAUCCAUCAACACCUAUACAUCACCCAAAGCCCACCUCCAUGACCAUGGCCACUGAAUAUAGAUCUGACAGCAGAGGCACGAAAACUCUACGCAAGCAGCCGGAGAUAGAGGAGGCUGAUGAGGAAGAAAACAGUCCAGGAUCUGACCAAUCAGAUGCCACUAUUGUAGCAGAAAAAGUAGAUGUCUGUCAGUCCUACGGAGAUACUUCUCCCACCACAGACUUAACCACCAAGCCUGAAGUUCUGUGUGAUGAAACCAACAAUCACACAUCACAUGUUCACCCUAAAAUCAAGCAGCUUACUAGGAGUCAGGCAUUUGAAGACCACUCUCCCCCACCAGAACAACAAUGUUCCCACAGCAGUCCGGACCUGCCGGGAACCAAUGGCGUGUACUUAAAAGCACAGACAUCGAAGGGGACGUUAGAGAAGACUGGAUCCCAGAGUUCUGAGGCGGGUACCUCAUCCAGCUGGUCACGAGAUUCCAGUCUAGACAAAGGAACAUAUAAAGAUUCCACUGGCAUUAACCUUGAAGACUUCAUUAGGAAGACUAUGAACAAAACCCCAAAAGACAGAAACAUGCUCCUCAAAUUGGAGACAGACCUAACCAAUUUCAUUAAUGAACCAAAGCACCAUUACCUCAAAUUUCCACAGAUGUCCUCAUAUGAUCGUAUGUUAGUUCAUCGUAUUGCUGCCUUUUUUGGCCUUGACCACAAUGUAGACCAGACUGGCAAAUGUGUCAUUGUGAACAAAACUUCCAACACGCGAGUACCUGAGUUUAACUUUAAAGAACACAUAGAUGCUCGUGAUUCCCAGAAAAAAAUAACAGGUAUCAUGAGGAGGAUGGGUGUCGGCAGCCUAGAUGAAAAAGAGAGCUAUUCUAAAAGUCUCGAGAAGCCUAUGUUAGGACAGAAGAAAGCACAGUCAUUUGAGGAAAGGCAGCAACAGUACGAGAAAGUACGACAGAAAAUUUUCAACAGUUGUGAUGAGCCUAUUCAUUACACUGAAGAGGAAGCACCACGUAUAAUCAAAAAACCAAAUCGGCCUUCUAGUCUUAGUAAAAGCAACAACGACGGGCAGCCCUGGAGUAGCACCGACUCGAGUGGUUAUGGAACAGAUUCUUCGGUGUCACGUUCACGGGGUGUCCCUAAGGCAAACAGCUUUGGGGGCUUGGGCACUGUGUCUUACAAUAACCAGGCCUUAAAAUUUCCACAUAAAUCACUUAGUUUGUCUGUGGAGCCAUCAAGAAGCCCUAUACACAGUGGUAUGAGCAGUCCAAUGGGUCAGCGGACACUGCCAACAGCUCCUACUCCCCCAGGCAGUCACUCGGACAGCUCGCCACUCUCUCGCUGCAGCUCCUCGGGGCCAGUACAGUCCCCGCUCACUACAGGAUACACACCAGGGCCUGGCCAGGUGUAUUGGGUGGCUUCAGAUAUCCGUAACAUACCACCAGGUAGUGUGGUGAUAAAUCCACAAACAGGGCAGCCCAUCUCUAACCCUGACGGCAGUCUUUACCACCAUAUGCCAGGCCCUACUCCCACAGGCCAGGCAGUGUACACCUCACCCACAUACUCCUCAGAUGUCUGGACGCCUAGCUCUGAGGCACCUGCAGCAGAGCUGUGUCGCCACCUCUCCAUGGUGAGCAUUAAUCAGCCAUCGCUGGAUAGUGUAGAGGAGCCCCCGGGGCAGACAACAGGCACAAGUCUUCAGGCCACGCAGUAUGUUUUGGGGGCCCAGCCCCAGGGACAGCAGCAGCCUGCACAGAUGGUCCAGACUCAGUAUUUCCCUGGGGGACAACAGAGCAUGACAGGAACAGUGAGAUAUAUGUACCCUGUGAACUAUCAAGUUCAGGGUCAGACCCAACAAGGUCAAGGACACCAAACAGUUGUUGGUAUGGACAACCAAAGUUUUCCUCAAACUGGCAACCAGUUCCCACCUCAGGUGACUGGCACAUACCAGGGGUUUCCAGCUAACGGUGCUGCGGCAGCUGCUCCUAAUGUAGAACAAUUUUCAUCUAACAUUGCACAGAACACAUAUCCGGUGAUACAGCAAGGGGAGGGUAGUGUACAAACUUUCUCAUCGUACCCGUCUCAGUACAGCCAAAGUAACUAUGUACAGCAGCCUCAAGGCACAAUGUUCUACUCUAAUACCACCAAUCCCCAAAUGGGGACAAGUACAGGGUUCCAGUUCCAGCAGCCGUACCCUGGUCAGGGGAACACCUCGGUGACAAUGUCAAACCAAAGUGUUGCCUUACAGAAUGUAGCCCAGCCCUUAGGGCCUGGGGUCCCAGGUCAGGCUACAGCUCCAACUCCCACGACACCCCAGUACUUAUAUUCCACUGUUCCACAGUACCAGGGCUCCACACGACCAGCAAAUCCUCAGCUUCUACAUUUCCAUAAUGUACAAGCUCCUGGACAGUCAUCACAGUCUGUGCCCGUGCUUCGAAAUAUGCAACUCAACAUGCAAUUUCCUGUACAAGUUACAGCCUUGCAGCAACAACAACAGCAACAGCAGCAUCAGCAGCAGCAUCAUCAGGGAGGUAUACCCGGCCAGAUGACUGUCAAUGCUAAGGGGUAUCCUGUGGACUCUUCACUGCCCAAAGUUGAGGGUAUUGACAUGAGUGGCCUCUCUAACCUUGGCCCUGGUCUCUUGGCUGGUCCUCCCAGACCAGCUGCACCAAUCAUACGACCUAAUCCAGAUGUACGCUUUUUAGGACAGGCAGGAUUUCACCCACCAUUACAAGUUCCAUUUCCAUCACAGCCUUUGUCUCAUCAACCACAGAAACUAAGGGCAAGUGUAGGACAGUCAGGUUCUAAGCAACAGCGACUGAAAAAAAGCAAAAGUAAGGAGAGUCAAGAUGGAUCUCUACACAAUCAAGACAGCACAGAACUACAGCAAAGCAAUGUUGUGGAGGUAUAUGAUCUGCCUGGAGGUCUGAAGCGUUCAGAAGCUGACAUCUAUCUGAAGGAUUUGGUGACAUGUGGAGCACAGGUCCAGUUCAUAAAUAUGGAUGGUAGCCAUGGAGACCAUCCUAAUCUGACUAUUUCUAACUGUAAAAAAGUUUUAGCAAUAUUCCCCAGCUCUUCAGUGGCAAUGAAUGCCCUGCAAAAUCACAGGAGUGGUAGCAACAGUAGUCGAUUCAAGCUCCAGCUCACCAGCAGUACCACGCUAUCAACAGGGGCAGACCACUCUAAUAUAGGUGUCAAAAGCUAAUUUAAAAAGUGUUUAAGUCAUUGCUAUUGUAUUUUUAUAUGAGAAGUUUUAAGAUAUUUUAUUGUGAAGAGCAGAACUACUACAGACAGAACUAUUUAAACCACAGAGGUGAAGUAAUGUUACUAUGAAAAUAUGAAUCAUCUCGCCCCUUUACUAGAUCGUCAAACUUUCUGUGCCAUGAAAUCUGUUGAUUUUGUCUAUUUCGUUGGUAAACAUCAUGAACCUUUUGGUUGAAGCAUCUGGUCACUGUAAUUAUGCUUUUUCUCUAAGGCUCCUUUUUAUAUUAAUAUAUUAUAUGACUUAUUUCAA